AUGAUCUUUUACUUCCAAUAUGAGAAGAAGAGGCUCGAGAGAAAGAGGAUCGUCGAGAUGAGCAAGGGGUACGGGAAGCCGAAAGUGGGAGGGCCAUUCACAUUGAAAGACGUCGAAGGCAAUGAGUUUACAGAGAAAGAUCUGCUGGGGAAGUAUUCAUUGAUCUACUUCGGCUUCAGCCAUUGUCCUGACAUAUGCCCGGACGAGCUGGACAAGAUGGGCGAAGCCCUCGACAUCAUCCAAGAGAGGGCUCCCAACACGGUGCGCCCGAUUUUCAUCUCCUGCGACCCGAAUCGCGACACGCCGGACGUGCUCAAGGCGUAUCUUGCCGAGUUCCACCCCUCGAUCAUCGGACUGGUCGGCACGUGGCAGCAGACGAAAGACGUGUGCAAGCAAUAUCGCGUGUACUUUUCCACGCCGCCCGAGUUCAAGCCCGGCGAGGAAGAUUACUUGGUCGAUCAUAGCAUAUACUUCUACGUAAUGGAUCCCGAGGGCGACUUCGUGGAAUGUAUCGGCAGACAGGACACGCCAGAGAGUGCGGCCGCGAUAGUACUGCAGCAUAUCAGGGACUGGAGGAGGGAGAAGAAACCGAUCGAUACGACGCCGUUGCCGUAUUUGCAGAAGAAGGAGCGAGUCGAGGCGGUUGCGGCUCGGACGCAGUGA